AUGGACAUCCAAUCCCUCUUCAGCGUCAAGGACAAAGUCGUCCUCGUAACCGGCGGCGCCAAGGGCGUCGGCCGGAUGAUCUCGGAGGCCUUCGUGCGCAACGGCGCCAAGGUGUACAUCUCGUCGCGCGACGCGGCGGCCUGCCGCGCGGCCUGCGCCGAGCUGAACGCGCUGCCGGGGGCGCGGGGGCCCGACGCCGCCACGCCGCUGCCCGCCGACCUCUCGCGGCUGGACGAGUGCCGCCGCCUGGCGCGGGAGCUCGCGGCCCGCGAGCCCGCCCUGCACGUGCUGGUCCACAACAGCGGCGCCACCUGGGGCGAGGCCUACGACGCCUUCCCCGACGCCGCCUGGUCCAAGCUGCUGGCGCUGAACCUGCAGCGCGUGUUCAGCCUGACGCAGGCGCUGACGCCGCUGUUGGAAGCUGCUGCGCAGCAACAACAACAACAACAACAGCCGGGAUCAAGUUCAACAUCUAAUAGUUCCGGUUCUGGAGGAGGAGGAGGAGAAGCAGGGGCGGCGGCGCCGGUGGCGGACCCGGCGCGGGUGAUCCACAUCGGCUCGAUCGACGGGAUCCGGGUGCCGGCGCUGCCGACGUUCGCGUACAGCGCCAGCAAGGCCGGGCUGCACCAGCUGAGCCGGCACCUGGCGGCGGAGCUGGGCCCGCGCGGCAUCACGAGCAACACGCUGGCGUGCGGGCCGUUCCCGAGCCGCAUGAUGGCGGCCACGCUGCGCGAGUUCGGCGACGAGAUCAGGGCCGCCAACCCGCUGGGCCGCAUCGGCGCGCCGAGCGACGUCGGCGGCGCCUGUCUCUUCCUGGCGAGCCGGGCCGGCGCGUUCGUGAACGGCGCGACGCUGGUGCUGGAUGGUGGUCUGUCGCUGAUGAGCAAGAUUUGA